CUGAUGCUGGUGCUGGUGAAUCUUUGUUUACGUUUACGUUAAAAUCUUCCAUCCAGGCGGCCGGCCAAUUUUUCAGUAAUUAUUUUCACAAUUCUGUGCUUUACAGUACUGUAAGUGCAACUGAUACAUACCUGGGUUUCCGAAGUUAUCUCUCGAGUGUUUUUGUUUUGCUGUCACGAGUUUUUCUACACCCUUCUUUGAAAUGUGUGCAAAAAUGGCAUUUCAGCAUCAGGCAGGCACAGCCAUGGAGUGUUUAAGCAUUCCGAUAACAUUACAUAAAGACACUGAAAUAGAUAGCGGUGGUAAAGAAGUAAUGAAGUGUGGGUUCAAAAUCGGAGGAGGGAUUGACCAGGAUUUUAGAAAAAGCCCUCAAGGAUACACCGACAAUGGUAUCUAUGUCACAGAAGUGCAUGAAGGUAGUCCAGCAUCAAAAUCUGGUUUAAGGAAGCAUGAUAAAAUACUACAGUGCAAUGGGUAUGAUUUUACAAUGGUAACACACAAGAAAGCAGUAGAUUACAUCAAGAAACCAGCGGUCCUGAAUCUUCUAGUCGCAAGAAAAGGAGUUACGUCAACAUGAUUUUAAAAUAAAUAUGUACGUGUUAAUGUAAGUCCGUUUUCAAGUUUCAGUUGUUAUUCAUACUUACCAUCAUUUGGAAAACCUCCUCAGGCAAACGAAUGCUUCUCUCCCCGAAGAACCGUAUUUCUCAUUAGUAUGUCUACUUUUUUCCGGAAAAUUAAAUAACCUCAAACCAAGUUAAUUCCUAUAUCUUUCAAAUUUGUCAGUUUUAGCACAGGGAAAUCAAACCUGUCACAACUUUAUGUUACAAUUUAUUCAUCUCAAACUUAGGUCAGUUAACAAAAAAAGCUGUAGGUAGUAAAAUUAUUAUCUUCGAGCCUCAAGCUGAAGCUGAAAAAGUGAAUCAAGCCAAUUUUCUAGGAUUAAAAAUAUUGUGUGCUCCAAAGUUUGGCACCAUGCCAAUUGUCUGUUUAGUAAGCCUGUGAGGAAAAUAUCUACUCUUUUUUCUCCUGUCUCAGAGUACUUUUCAGACAAUAGUUAAUUAUUUAAUUUAUCCGACUCAUUAUUUUUGUUCCUCUAUUUAAGGAGUGUCAGGAUGAAACUGACCGUUUUUUAAAUUGUUCUUUCUUGCAACAAGUUCUUUAAUUGUAUGUAUUUUGAAGUCAUGCCUCUUGUCUCUAUCAUAGCUUUUCAGGUGCAUGUAAUCAGUAUUGUUUUAUUGAGGUUCAAUUACUCAGCAUAAUUGUUAAAAAACUGCUAAUGGCUGCUGUUUCUGAUUUUGAGAAAAUCGCCAAAAGUUGUACAAGCCUUUUAAUUUUGAGAAUGAAUUGUGCUUAAAAGCUAAGCUCCAAACCUAUUACCACACCUCAAAUCCCUAUAAAACCUCAAAUCUCCUGGAGUUUUAGACACCAAAAAUCUCACAUGAUGAAAAAAUGAACACCAGCGGUUUUCGCACAAGUUGAUUCUGAGGGUCCGUUGAGUGUCAUAUUGUGAUCAUUUUUUGAGGCUUCUUUUUCUUGCCAGGCUUUCUACCUGGAAAAAUUGUUAAAGAAACGAGGAGAAAUUUCUGUUAUGUUUUUCCUUUUAUUUUAAUUUGAUCAACCAUUCCAAUUUUUUAUUUUAUUUUAAAGCUUCAUACUGAACCAUCUUUUUCAAGCAUUAUUAACCCCUAACUGUUUUUUUUUUUACUAAUAUAGACUUGUUUUCUGAAAGUGUUGUGGUGAAGUGAUUUAGCUGCAAAUUUUGUAUUUGAUAACACAAGCAAAUCCAUCGUGUCUCCAGGUCUAAAUAAAAUAUCAGCCCAAUUCAUUUUAAUUUUCCUCUCCUUUCUAAAGGAGCAAAGUUCAAACAAUAUAAUAAGGUUCCUACCCACUGAAACAGUCGAUUGCCUUUAAUACUUAUGAACUGACCAUUAAUUUGCAACAAUUUACCUCACAACCCGUAGGACCUAUAAUAUUAGUAAAUGAACACAAACUCUUUUUUAAUUGUUAGAUUUAUUCUUUCAACAUUUAAUGUCAACUCUAUCUCAAUCCUUGUUGACCACAUUUCUUUUAAUAUCCGUUUUUUGUCAAGUCCUUUUCACCUAGUACAUUAACUACUCAUGUCAGUGGAAAUUCAUAAUCUUGUAAUCUAGGCUCUUAUGUAACAUAAAUUUUUGAAAAAAAGCUAGUUUAAUUGAAAAUACUGAAGUUUCAAGGUAAUUUUACUUUAGUCAUGUGCCAUAAUUGCUAUGCAGUAAUGCUGAUCAAUACUUAGUUCUAAUUUGAACUACAUAUUUCCAAUCAGGUAAUACCCAUUUUUAUGACCGGUCAAAGGGAGAAUGUUGUAACAAUAUAUACUGAUCACACAGCUGUCUAAAUAUGCCCUACCUAUGACUGAUGUGCAUUUUGCCAAGAAAAGAAUAGUGAAGUUGAAUCGGUUAAUACUGUCCAAAAACCUGCACAUCUACUCUCUUAUAAGCGAAUCUUACAAGCGAAAAUGCAAUAUUCAAAUGUUUUGUAGGUACGUAUGCAUUCUGAAAAAAUUCAAGAGUUAUCAGGACACAUAUUUGCUGUUUUGUCAAAUCAACCUGUUCAUUACAUUCAACUUCUUUGUAUCAGCUAAAAUAUACACCAAAAUCACAGUUGAUACUCAUUGUGGUAUCUGAUUGAACGGCACUUUCUCAGGAUUAAAUUACUGUCAACACUAGCCAAAAUGUUUUCAAACAAGACUUUGGUUUGAAACACAGCUUCAUUAUUUGCAUACUUAACUCCUUCUGAAUGGACCUUUUCUGAUGUAGAAAUAUAAUCAUCAGAAGGAGAUAAUAAUAUAAGUACCAGACCAUGAGUAACCGUCUUAUUGGUAAAAUUCCUCUUUCCCCGAUUAGCUUGACUUGCUGUCCAAAACAACUCAGGAAUACAAAUAUUUAUGCCAAUUGGAAAGUGAGAGAAUCGACAAUAAUUUUCUCAUAUCAAAUUUUCAGUGUUUUUUGUUCAUGAUGAAACGGCAAGUCAUGUAUUUAUGGAGUAACAAGCUGGAAAUAGUUUGGAAGAAAGUUUUUUUUACAGAAUUAUGCCAAUUUAGGUAUUCUGCUCUUGCUUCAACGCACGUAUUUUGUUCCCAUGUAAUGUUCGAGAAAAGCAUUGCUUCUGUAUUUUCUGUGGCAUUUAUACUUGUAUCAUUCCUGUUUUUGUCCCUUUUUAUCCAUACCUGUGUGUGUUUUUUGCCCCCAUGUCCUUAAAAAAUAAGUCUAUAUCAUUAUCAAUUCCUCAGAUCAUUGCCUGUGUUAAAAUAAAUUAACACGGUAUCUGAGAAAGUUAUUCUAACCUGCUUCUUUUAAUAUUUUGUUGGCUGAGAAGUAUACCUACUAUCUGUUUGGUGGAAAUAGUGUUUUUAAGAUAGUGAACUUCUGAGUCGGCAACACUUUUUAUCUACAAAAUUUUUAAAAAGGCUGACUUUUAAUGUUUUCAAAUUUUUUUUAAUAUCAUUCGCAUCAUUUAAUCCACUGAUGCAAUAACUGAUCUUGUUGGAAGGAUGCAUCCACAAUAUCGGUGCAUGCUGAAGUUGGGUAAAAGAGAACACAAAGUGGAAUUCAGAUAUUACCCAGAGAAUUAUAUCCAGAGUCAAACAGUGUGUGGCCCUGUUCACUGUUAAUGUGCUCUGCCAACUUAAUCAAACUGAAUGGAAAUAUCUCAAUAGUGUACUGUGAGUCCUCCUAAAUACAUCACAGUUGUAUGAACUCUUUUCAUGUGGGUGGUUUUAUUUCUCAGUCAACAACUGCAAUUGUUAUAUCUUCUCAGUGUUUAAAUUUAUUUUCUACUUUUAUAUGUAUUUACCUUUUUACUUAGUUGUUUAAUAAAUUUAAUGACCAAAUACA